GUCAGAACCGCUGUUUGUGUAGGCCCUGAAUCUUGCCAUUUGUCACGUUUGCAGGGGAAGCGAAGUGCCUUCAAUGUGAGCUGGAAGCAGAGAGAUCUCUCAUGAAGCAGGAACGGGAAAACAUGGCGCAACAGCUCUUGCGGGCAGAAGAGCAGUAUAACGAUACCCUCAAACUUCGGGAAACGGAUCACGAAGUGGAAAUAAACAAGCUCCUGCAAGAGCUGGCAAGCGAGCGGGAAGGGCACCAUUCAGAGCUACAGGAGAUGCUGGAGCAGUGGGAAAAGGAGAAGGCAGAGACAGAAAGGGAGCACGAGAAGAAGCUGUUUGAUAUGAAGCAGAAAGUUGCUGCCAUGCAAGCUCAACAAGAGGAGGAACGGACGAGAGUGGAAAGUGCCAAGCAAGAG